AUAAUUCAAUUUGUGCCUAACAAUGCCCGAUUGGAAAAUUUAAAAAUGAUUCUAAUAGAACUUGCACUUCUUGUGAUAGCAAAUGUGAAAAUUGUACUAGUUUAACUUCAUGCUAAAGCUGUAAUUUAGGGUUUUAUCUAGAUAAUUCUAUUUGUGCCUAACAAUGUCCAAUUGGAAAAUUUAAAAAUGAUUCUGAUAGAACUUGUAUUUCAUGUGAUAGCAAAUGUGAAAAUUGUACUAGUUUAACUUCAUGCUAAAGCUGUAAUUUAGGGUUUUAUCUAGAUAAUUCAAUUUGUGCCUAACAAUGCCCAAUUGGAAAAUUUAAAAAUGAUUCUGAUAGAACUUGUAUUUCAUGUGAUAGUAAAUGUGAAAAUUGUACUAGUUUAACUUCAUGCUAAAGCUGUAAUUUAGGGUUUUAUCUAGAUAAUUCAAUCUGUGCCUAACAAUGUCCAAUUGGAAAAUUUAAAAAUGAUUCUAAUAGAACUUGUAUUUCAUGUGAUAGCAAAUGUGAAAAUUGUACUAGUUUAACUUCAUGCUAAAGCUGUAAUUUAGGGUUUUAUCUAGAUAAUUCUAUUUGUGCCUAACAAUGUCCGAUUGGAAAAUUUAAAAAUGAUUCUGAUAAAACUUGUACUUUAUGUGAUGUUAGUUGUUCUUCGUGUACAAGCACAACUUUAUGCUAAAGUUGCAAUUUAAACUUUUUUCUAGAUAACUCUUUAUGUGUUUCGGAAUGUCCGAUUGGGAAGUUUAAAAAUAAUUCAAAUAGAACUUGUACUUCAUGUGAUAGCAAGUGUGAAAAUUGUACUAGUUUAUCUUUAUGCUAAAGCUGCAAUUAAGGAUUUUAUCUAGAAAAUGUUUCUUGUAUUUAAGAAUGUCCUAUUGGGAAGUUUAAAAAUAAUCCAGAUAGAACUUGUAUUUAAUGUGAUACUAGUUGUUCUUCGUGUACAAGUACAACUUUAUGCUAAAGCUGCAAUUAAGGAUUUUAUCUCGAUAACUCUAUUUGUAUUUAAGAAUGUCCUAUUGGGAA